CUCACCAUGAUGACGUGCGUCUUUCUCAUUCAAAAGCAGCUGAGUCAAACUUGCGAAUGCGAGCCUGACAGUUGCUAUAAUAAUGGGACGUGCGAAGAAAAAGCUGAUGAUCCGUCUGGCUUCCAGUGCAGUUGUCCCAGUGACUUUUUCGGAGAAAGAUGCGAAUUGAGUGAGUGUCAGUUAAAUAACUGCUGGAAUGGUGCAACGUGUGCAUUGAAUACUACAAAUUCGGUUUCGUCGUGCAUUUGUCCCAAGGGUUAUCACGGAACAUGGUGUAAAAAAGCAAAAUGUGGGGAAAACGCCACAUGCUAUGACAUAAAUACUUUUACGAAAUUGCCUGACAACAAUGAGAACUGCGAUACAGCAUCUAACCAAUCUUGUAUUUGCCACGCUGGUUACAGUGGGGACGGAUUUCACUGCAGGAACGAAUGCAAGCCUGACAGUUGCUAUAAUAAUGGGACAUGCGAAGAAAAAGUUGAUGAUCCGUCUGGCUUCCAGUGCAGUUGUCCCAGUGACUUUUUCGGAGAAAGAUGCGAAUUGAGUGAGUGUCAGUUAAAUAACUGCUGGAAUGGUGCAACGUGUGUAUUGAAUACUACAAAUUCGGUUUCGUCGUGCAUUUGUCCCGAGGGUUAUCACGGAACAUGGUGUAAAAAAGCCUCCUUGGCCAAUGUCACAAUCUACAAACUCAGUAAGAUUGCAUCAUAUCCAAAUUGUGGUACAAGUGCAGUUGUGAGCAAACCCUUUGCACAACGACCUUAA